AUGGCGACGAGUUUGGUGGGCGCGACAAUCAAUCUUCUUCGCCGGCAGGUGGAAGAAGUCGAUCCAGACGAACCCUCGGAAGCGGGCCAGAAAGAGAUAUUCUCGUCAUGGGCGCUCUUCAUCCUGAUCAUGCUGCUCAUUGCGGCGUUAUUCACGAGUUAUAUUCUACAACAGAAGAGGAUCCAGGCUGUCCAUGAAACAGUCAUUUCCAUAUUUGCCGGCAUGAUCGUUGGGCUGGUUAUACGUAUCACACCGGGGACAGCGAUUCAGGACACUGUCAGCUUCGACUAUCAAUUCUUCUUCAACCUCCUUCUACCACCUAUCAUUCUCAACUCGGGCUACGAAUUACACCAGGCCAACUUUUUCCGCAACAUUGGGACGAUUCUCACAUUCGCGUUCGCCGGGACGUUCAUAUCGGCGGUGUCGCUGGGACUGAUCCUAUGGCUGUGGACGAGAAUUCCCUUUGAUGGAUUCUCCAUCUCAUGGGUUGAGGCCAUUUCGGUCGGCGCAACGCUGUCGGCGACAGAUCCAGUCACCAUCUUGGCCAUCUUCAAUCUGUACAAGGUCGAGCCGAAACUGUAUACCGUGAUUUUCGGCGAAUCCAUUCUGAACGAUGCCAUUGCCAUUGUUCUGUUCGAGACUGCCCAACGGUACCGGGAGGGAACGACAGGCAAUCUAAACAUCCUCAGUCUUUUCGAGGCUAUUGGCAUCUUCUUGCUAGUCUUCUUCACCAGUUUGAUGAUUGGUGUGGUGGUCGGCGUGGCCACCGCCCUUGUUCUCAAGUACACUUUUGUGCGCCGAUUCCCCAAGAUCGAGAGUUGUCUCGUUGUUUUGAUUGCGUAUGCCACGUAUUUCUUCUCCAACGGCGUGCACAUGUCAGGGAUUGUGUCCCUCUUGUUCUGCGGCAUCACCCUCAAGCACUACGCAUACUACAACAUGUCGCGAAGGACUCAGCUGACGACCAAGUUUGUUUUCCAAAUCCUGGCCCAGCUGUCGGAGAAUUUUAUUUUCAUCUAUCUGGGUCUGACCCUGUUUACCGAGACGGAUCUGGUUUUCAAACCUUUGUUCAUUCUGGUCACCGUGGUCGGGAUCUGUGCUGCGCGCUGGUUGGCCGUCUUCCCCUUGUCCAAGGCCAUCAACUACAUUAUUCGACUGCGAGCGAAACGCCGGGGCCAUGAAGUCGCAGAAGAGCUGCCCUGGCAUUACCAGGCCAUGUUGUUCUGGGCCGGUUUGCGUGGUGCCGUGGGGGUUGCGUUGGCGGCCGGCUUACAGGGAAACGAGGGUCCUGCACUGCGGGCGACGGUGUUGGUCGUGGUGGUGCUGACCGUGAUCAUUUUCGGCGGCACCACUGCACGCAUGUUGGAAAUUCUCGGCAUCCGCACCGGUGUGGUCGAGGAGAUUGAUUCCGACGACGAGUUUGACAUUGAAACAACAAACGGCGGCAGCUACUAUAAACGCUCCGGUACGGGGUUCGGCCACAAUCCGCGGCCGUCCUCUAUUGGUCUUGAUUAUAUUGGAGGGGGUACGGGCACAAACCGACCCGGUAGUCGCGGCGGUGGCGGUAUUAAUGGGUCCGCAAACUCACGACCACGCGCGGAUCGAGGCUACAGCAGCAGCAACGGCCGCUCACCGCCCCUGGGCAGCAGUCGCGCGAGAACCCCCAAAAGUCAUCGCAGACAGUCGACGCUCAGCCAGCGCGAGCGUGAGCGCGACCUCGCCGCCCAACAGGGGACUCUGUUGUCUGGGUCUGGAGGGUCGACCAGCGACGACGAGGAUUUGGUCGCUGCCGACCUUGACUUACCUCCCGCGGCACCGCGGCGCAAACCGUCGCCUUUGGUGGGAGACAAAAGUAAUACCUCCGGCGCCGCGAAGCAAUACACGCCGGAUAUCAUAGACGACGGCAUCGACCUCGACGACGCCGGUGACAUGGGCACUGCCGCGAAUAAUGCUGGCCACCCAGGUUCACAACCCGCCGCUAAUACAACCGCAGGUGCUGCUGGUGGGAGUGCUACUGGUGGUGGAGGUGGUAGUGGUGUCGGGCCUGGAAGCAGUAUUCGGAACUUACUUCGCGGCGCGGCCGCUGCGCCAGAUCAUACCGCCUGGUUCCGCCAGUUGGACGAGGACUUUAUCAAGCCGCAUUUGCUGCUAGAUCAGCACCAUGGCCAUGGAAAGGGCCCGCCAGUUUAG